CUCCCUCAACGAUUCAGUACUCAUAUUCUGAAGCUUACAGGUGGAUCAAGACGUCAACGGCAACCAUCGGGCUUACCCGAAACCCGUCGCUUGAAUGUCCGCUGCGGCCAUGAACCGUGAGGUAGGCGGCUUGAGAUCGUCCUCAUCACUGCUCGCCCUUGUCACCGCUACAAGCCCGACUUCGCAUCUGUCGCCCCAUCCUCUGCGAGGGCCAGUGCCAGCGAAGAGUGAAAAUAGGACUGCGUGCAACUUUGAACUUUUUUCCCGUGCCACCGGCUCCCUGGUGGAAGCGAACGGCAGCGGCCACCCCAGUUGCAGCUCACGGUCAGUAGCAUCAGGACUUCGCGCCGCGCAAGCUGUGACAGGAGGCUGUGCGAGAGCAAAGAGAAGGGGCCGUCAUCGCCCAGCGAAAAGGCGACUGGCGAGCUUCGUUGCGCCGGCGCUCGUGUGGAUCUUCGCUUUAGAGGCCGAGUACUUUCUGUGGUGGAGAGGGGGGUGUGCUGCACCAAUAGAAAGGCCGUCUUGGUGCACCAUCCCGGCGCUGGGUAGCGUCGUCAAGGUUGUUCACGCUUACGGCUGGCAUUUUGUUUGCUUUCACGUUCUCCUUUGCCUGGCGCUACUUUCCCACGUCGCUGCCACGGUAACGGACCCCGGGUUCUUUUCGCGGGGAAGCCAUCUGCUAGGUCGUGCUCAAGAGCGAGGUUCGGGGCGUUGGUGCAGCCACUGCGAAGCGUACAAACCGCCGAGGGCGCACCACUGCCGACGGUGCGGGGCAUGCGUGGCCAGGAUGGACCACCACUGCGCUUUCGUGGCAAACUGUGUCGGGGCGGGCAACCACAAGCAGAUGCUCCUCUUCCUGGUGUACUCGGCCGCCUGCGCGGUACACGCGGCCUUUUUGUUUUGCCGCCUGUGCAAUGCCUUCUUGAUGGCCGUCCUGCUAGUCGGCAUCUUUAGCUGGCUUGUUUGUCUAAUUAGUUCGCAGGUGCACGGAAUCCGUGUUCAUGCCGGCACCGUCGAUCGGAUGCAGGCUGCCGCGCCGGGGUAUCGCGCGGCAGGACAGGCGGGGGCGCUGGGUGCUGCUCCGCCGGAUUCCCGGCGGCAAGACGGUUGGCCUGGGUUGCUGCCAACGCGAAGAGAGUGUCCUCCUGGCCAUUUACCUCUCCCUGGCGAUGGCCGCGUUACCCCUGUGCUAGACGAGGAUGCUACGUCGAGUACGGGACAAGAAUUGACACAAGGAGCGCGGCGUCCUGCUUCUGCCUCUAGCGGUGGCUUUGAGGUAGCCGUGAGCUUGCCGCGUGCUACUCCUGGCGCAGUAGCUGGUGACGCCGCAAGUGGAGGGCUGGGACUCAGAUUCCGUGUUAUUCGGGGUUUGUGGGAAACUGUGCACCAGGAGAUACUGGGCGAGGGGGCGUGGGUUUUGUGGUUUGUGCCGACACCAGCGAGACUGUCCCCCGAAUUAGAGCAACGUGUCUACGCGCCACAUGGAAAAGCGGGGAGAGCGCAAUAA